ACCCUCACAGUUGCCAAACUCCAGCAACAGAAUGAAAGGAGGAGGAAUGAAUGUUACCUGCUAACCCCACAGGGAGGGAGGAGCUCCACUCUUCAAACAUCAGCAGUUAUAAGGAAGGUGUGUACUUGGAGCACUUCCUCAAUGUGGCAGUUCAAGCACACAACGCUGAAGACCUGUCCUGAAGGUGCUGUAGAAAGUCUCCUGAGGGUCAUUUCAUGGGGGAAAAUCCUGCCAAGAACCAUUAUGCACAGCUUAACCAGGGAGAAGAGAAUGAGAUGGAGAUAUUUGGCUACAAAACCCAAGGCUGGAGGAGGGUCCUGUGCAUUGCUGGAUACAUCUUGUCCUGCGGAGCUUUGCUGCUGCUGUUUUACUGGAAGCCAGAGUGGGACGUGUGGGCAAACUGCAUCCGCUGCAGCUUGGAGGAAGCGGACAUUGUUCUGCUCCGAACAACAGAUGAAUUUCAGAUUUAUUCUCGUAAGACUGUGACAUGGAUCUCUGUGUCUGCACUUAUCAAAAGUAGACUGGAAAAUCCAUCCAACGUUGAGGAAGACUCAAUCUUCAGCAAAGCCAUAAUGAAGUCAAGUUUGCAAGUGAAAAGUAUCCAAGUACAAAAAAUCCGUUAUGUCUGGAAUAUCUAUGCAAAGCAGUUCCAGAAAGUUGGAGCCCUAGAAGAUGAUUACUCUUGCUCAGCUAUACACACCAAAUUUGGUUCUGGCCUCACCUACUAUGAACAGAAUGUCAGGAGACUUAUAUGCGGACCAAACACUAUUGAUGUUCCAGUGGUCCCUGUUUGGAAACUACUCAUCAAAGAGGUCUUAAAUCCAUUUUACGUGUUCCAGCUGUUCAGUGUGUGUCUGUGGUUUGCUGAAGAUUACAUGGAAUAUGCCACUGCCAUCAUAAUCAUGUCUCUCCUCUCAAUUUUUUUGACUGUGUAUGAUCUUAGACAGCAAUCGGUUAAACUGCACAGACUGGUUGAGUCUCAUAACAACAUCAUGGUCACUGUCUGCAGAAAUAAGGAAGGUUUCCAAGAGCUGGAAUCACACCAUCUUGUUCCUGGAGAUAUGCUGGUUCUGAAAGAGGGCAAAAUGCUUUUGCCUUGUGAUGCCAUCCUGAUCAGUGGGCAGUGCAUCGUAAAUGAAAGCAUGUUGACAGGAGAAAGUAUUCCAGUAACAAAGAUCCACUUACCCCAAGCUGAUAACUUCAAGCCCUGGAGAAUGCACUGUGCAGACGAUUACAAAAAACAUGUCCUCUUCUGUGGAACAGAGGUCAUACAGACCAAGGCAGAUGACAGAGGAGUGGUGAAAGCUGUGGUGCUGCGGACUGGUUUCAAUACAGCCAAGGGGGAUCUGGUGAGGUCCAUUCUCUACCCUAAACCCAUGAACUUCAAGCUUUACAGAGAUGGCCUCCGGUUCCUGAUGUGCCUCAUAGCAUUUGCAGCCAUUGGCAUGAUCUACACAGUGUGUGUAUUUGCACUUAAUGGGGAGGAUGCAGGAGAAGUGGUGAAGAAGGCUUUGGAUAUUAUCACUAUUGCUGUCCCCCCAGCUCUGCCAGCUGCAUUGACAACAGGGAUUAUUUAUACCCAGCGAAGGCUGAAGAAAAAGGGCAUCUUCUGCAUCAGUCCACAGAGGAUCAACAUUUGUGGACAACUGAACCUCGUCUGCUUUGACAAAACUGGCACCCUAACAGAAGAUGGCCUGGAUCUUUGGGGUUUGCUACCCUCUGAAAGAAGCAGCUUCCAGGACAUCCACAUCUUCCCUGCAGACCACAGCCUGCCUUGGGGCCCAGUGCUCAGAGCAAUGGUGGUUUGUCAUUCACUGAUUGUGUUGGAGGGCAAGAUCCAAGGAGAUCCACUGGAUGUAAAAAUGUUUGAGGCCACUAACUGGGUGAUAGAUGAUUCCGGUGGACACCAGAUUGAAGGUCAAGAAUCCACACAUGCCACACUCAGACCUGGGCCUAAAGCCAGCAGUGCUCCAGUGGAAGGACUUAUCAUUUUACAACAGUUUCCAUUUUCUUCAGCCUUGCAGAGAAUGUCUGUCAUUGCUCAGGAAAUCGGUGGGGAGCAACAGGUCUUCACAAAAGGUGCUCCAGAAAUGGUAGCCAUGUUAUGUAGAGCAGAAACAGUCCCAUCAAACUUUGAAAGCCAACUUCUGCUCUACACAGCACAGGGCUUUAGGGUCAUUGGACUGGCAUGUAAAUCUCUACAGGAAGGGAAGCAAUCUACUGAUCUAACAAGGGAGGAGGUAGAAUCUGAUCUAACAUUUCUGGGUCUCCUGAUAAUGGAGAAUCGACUAAAAAGGGAGACAAAGCCUGUCCUGGAGGAGCUCAGUGCUGCCUGCAUCAGGAGUGUUAUGGUUACAGGUGACAACAUUCAGACAGCUGUAACUGUUGCCAAAAAUGCUGGGAUGAUUUCUCCAAUGAACAGAGUGAUUCUUGUGGAAGCAAACAAAAUACCUGGAUCUUUUUCAGCAUCUAUAACCUGGAAAGCACUAGAAGAAAACAAAUCUGAAGAUUAUGGAAACCUGGAGCACCACAGUCAGACUGGAGGAAGAAUCAGGCUGGCACUGGGAUCAGACCAGUAUCAUUUUGCCAUGAGUGGAAAAUCUUACCAAAUUGUAGCACAGCAUUUCAGACACUUACUCCCAAAGCUCCUGCUGAAUGGAACAGUUUUUGCUAGAAUGUCUCCUGCUCAGAAAUCCAGCCUUGUGGAAGAGUUUCAAAAGCUGGAUUACUUUGUGGGCAUGUGUGGAGAUGGAGCCAACGACUGUGGGGCUUUGAAAGUGGCGCAUGCCGGGAUAUCACUGUCGGAGCAGGAGGCGUCUGUGGCUUCACCUUUCACAUCCCGAACCCCCAGCAUAGCGUGUGUGCCAGAGCUCAUCAGGGAAGGUCGUGCUGCCCUUGUCACUUCCUUCUGCAUGUUCAAGUACAUGGCACUGUACAGCACCAUUCAGUACCUUGGUGUUCUUCUACUGUAUUGGCAACUAAACUCCUUUGGGAAUUACCAGUUUUUGUUCCAAGAUCUGGCUAUUACCACUGUAAUUGGUGUGACAAUGAGUUUCACAGGUGCCUAUCCAAAGCUGGUUCCCUACAGGCCUCCUAGCCAACUCAUCUCACCCCCGUUGCUGCUCUCUGUUGUACUUAACAUCCUCUUCAGCCUCAGCAUGCAGAUUUUUGGUUUUGUGGUGGUCCAGGAGCAGUCUUGGUAUUCAAAGACCAAUAUACACAGUGCCUGCCUCUCAAUGAACAACCACACGGAUAAUUCUUCCUCUGUUUCCAGCCUGGGGCUCCAUGGGGUAAGAGAUGAAGCCCAUGGGCAAACAGACAAUGGCUACAAGAGCUAUGAAAACACCACAGUGUGGCUGCUAAGUACCAUCAACUGCCUCAUCGUAGCACUAGUGUUUUCCAAGGGAAAGCCUUUCAGGCAACCCAUCUACACAAACUAUGUGUUCAUACUGGUGCUCAUAGGGCAGUUGGGCAUUUGCCUCUUCUUGGUGUUCGCUGAUAUUGAAGAUCUCUACUCUAAGAUGGAUCUUGUUUGCACCCCUACCAUGUGGAGGAUCUCCAUGGUGAUAAUGCUUGCAGUCACACUUGCUGUGUCCUUCCUUGUUGAGGAAGCUGUCAUUGAGAACAGAUCUUUGUGGCUGCUGCUGAAAAAGACCUUCCAGUACCACUCGAAGAGCCAGUACAAGAGACUGCAGCGAGUGUUAGAGCAGGAUUCAGCCUGGCCACCUCUGAAUGAAACCUUCUUCUCAGAUUCUGUGGCAAUACCAGUAGAAAGAAAUAUGGGAGGCCACAGCAAUCCAGCAUUUGACAGCAAUGAGGAUGCACUCUGAAGGAAACUGCAGUGGACACAUAUUCAGGACAGAUACAGUCAUCAUAGUUUUUGUCUGCUCAUCAGCUCUCUAGAGCUCAGCCUGCUCAGCGGCACUCACCACCAACAGAGGAACAAAGCUCAAUUCAAAGGAUGCAGACCCUCACCAAUAAUAGCUAUAGGUGUACAAAAUAUCAACAAGAGAACAUUUUAUAAGUCAUACCAGCUGUCCACUCACAUAGAGCAUCUUUUGUCUAAGGAACUUGAUGCACAACACAGCUCUUCAGGAGAACCACAGAGGAAGCUGAGAAGACAAAGUACCUGUCAAGGAUCAACCAGAAAAUGAAAGCACAAAUAUCUGGUACCUGGAUCACCACUUCAAGGAAAGGAAACAGAGAAUUCAGUUAUCACAUACUGCAGGUGUCUGGUGGCAACAACUGAAUUUAGAGGACUCAUUACUUGCCAUUAGGGCUUCUGAAGUUUUCAUGCUGGAAAAAUAGUCCCAGAGUAUUCUGCACUAACAUCCCCCACCAAACAAUGCUUAACCCUUCUACAGCCUUUAUCUGUUUUGUGGGCAGAUGGCACACAGCCCCCAAGCUAGGAGGGUCAUGCUGUGCUGCAUGGUGGUUCUGUGCACCAUGGACUAAUUGCCAAAUGCGUACAAGGAAUGGCACAACCUCAGCCAAGCCAGGUUGUGCAAAUUGCUUUAUGGUUGGCUGUUGGCAAUGGGGACACUAAUCCUCUUCUAAGAAAGAAACUAUGUCCUUUGUGUCUAAAAUACCAAGCAUAUUUGUCCCUGUCUGAGAGUAACCUGAUUUCACAGUGUCCCUUGUGGCUGAUGACCACAAGAGGUGCUUGCCACUGACAUAGCUUUAAUUACUCACUAUAGGUCAUUGUAGGUAAAAGGGAGUCAAGAAAGAUUCAUCCACAUCUAGUUUAAAUCUAAUUAAUACAUCUCUUUGGUACUUCCUAGAUGAUUAGCAGACAGGGUUAGAACACGAGUCUUCUGCUUUAUUGUGUAAUUGUCCCAGCCUUUUCUCCUAGCCCACAGGAGCCCUCUUUCAAGACGAGAAUCUGGAGGGAGAAAGGGGAAAUCAGGAAAUCAUAACAGGGUCUUUGUCCUGAACCUACAGAUUACUUGGUAGAUGCUGGAAGAAGUGCUUUUGGACCUGGGAAGGGGUUCAGUGAACAGGAGACACAUUUCAUUUAUGUCUUACUUCCCUCUCACACCCCACCCAAGGCCACCUAGAUCUUGAUAGAUAACUCCCAGCCACAGAAACCAGCAGUUUCCCUCAGCCGUUCUUCAAUGAACGAUGUUCUACUACUACAUGCCACACACAUGCCAGCCAGUGUUGAACAGCUACUCUGAGCAGAGCUGCCUGUUCUCUAAAGCAGCAGAGCUCUGCAGAGGUCACAGGAGCUGCACCCCUGGGCACUGGCAACUGCUUUCUGUUCCUUGCACUGAACCUCCAGUCUGCUACUCCAGUCUUCCUUGUGAUCACCCUUACACUUUGCUCACUGCCCCGUCACUGCUGACUUACAUGAGAGCCUUAAGCUGCCUCUCACGAUGCUCUGUUACUGCUCCUGUUAAAUCUUUAUAGCCUUUCAGAGCACAAGUUGUACAGGAGCAUCCCAUAAUUUCAAUACAGACUGUAAAGCAGGAAUGUGGACAUGCUGGCCUAUGGCUUGAGUCCAAGGCUCAAAGCAAGACAAGCAUUCAUCAAUUGGACUGGUCUUUCUGCCCCAGUGGCUGCGUUGUUGUGGAGUUAGGCAAGCACACAAAUCAGGGAAGAACAUGAGGACAUGAGGUACUACUGCCCAGUACAAGGCUUGGUGGCCAAGUCCUGAUGACAGGGGGUACCUCUGGAGAGCUGAAGAUACCGUGGUACUGUCUCCAAAGUUUGGAGGUGCUGGUAUAGCACAUGCAAAGGGCUGAUUGUCUUCCUCUGCCAGCAAUUUGUGCCACAGAGAAAGUGCCCUGGACACUGACAGGAUCUUCAACAGCACAGAAAGGAGGAAUGUCACCCCUACGCCCUGGAGGGCAGCUGGAACAAGUGGUGUAUUGCCAGCAUGUGGUCUGUGGCAUGGGCUGUGAACACUGGAGAGUGCGUUGUAUUGUUACAUACCAGAAACAUUAAAUGCUUGUUGUAGCUGCCUUUUUUUGCUCAUUU